AUAACAGUAAACACCCUAUUCACACACAUUCACUCAAUUAUGGUAUUUAUGGUUUAUUGCAGUGUUUGAGAACAAAUGAAGAGGUACAGAAAAUCUUAGACUCCUCCCUGGGGAAGACAUCACUGUCAGCCCUCCCCUUUGCUGCAGAGAGUCGCACUCUUGUUCCUGUCUACAUCAGUGGCACUUCAACCUGAUGACAAAAGCUGUCGACACUGUGUGGACCUGGACUUGAGAGCUGUGAUUUUUAAAUGUGUAUGGUUAUAUUUGCUCCGAUUUUUGCCAUCUGUGCAUUUGCAACAUGUGGAGGAUACUAUGGUCACCUCCAGGUUAAAGUGGACUGUGCAGACAGGAGGCAGAGUAACCUCAGCAUCAACAUCGAUUUUGGCUAUCCCUUCAGAUUACAAGAAGUGCAUUUCAAGGCUCCCUUGUGUGAUGCAAAGAGAGAGGAGAUUCUUUUCCUGGAUGGCGACUUUUCCACAGCUGCUCAGUUCUUCCUCACUGUGGGUGUUUUUGCUUUCCUAUACUCUCUGCUGGCAACCAUUGUCUAUGUUUUCUACCAGAACAAGUACUUGAAGAACAACAGAGGUCCGCUUGUGGAUUUUCUUGUCACCAUCAUCUUCUCCUUAAUGUGGAUGGUCAGCAGUUGUUGUUGGGCCAAAAGUCUUUCUGAUAUCAAGACAGCCACAAACCCAACACAGGUGCUUCUGCUCAUCUCAGCCUGCAGAGCUCAGGAGAACAAAUGUACAGUUACCCAGGAGCCUCUCUGGGCCCGUCUUAAUACAUCUGCGGUUUUUGGUUUUGUAAACGUCAUCCUAUGGGUUGGAAAUAUCUGGUUUGUCUUCAAAGAAACAGGCUGGUACAAGACAGGUCAGAGAUAUCCAACCAGGAGUGCUUCAGGGAAACGUGCCAGUGAAAUGCGACAGCGGCUCUACAGCGAGAGCAGCUUCGACCAGCCAGAGGAGAGUUUUGGUCCACAGCAGUCCAGACAAGACAGUUUCAAUCAGUCAAGGGGGGGCUUUGGUCAGCAGAUCCAUAAACAGAGUAGCUUCAACCAGUCACAAGUAAGCUUGAGCUUACCACAUGCAUAUCUUGGCAAACCAGUCAUUUAUGACACAGAGAAUAAAGUGUCUUCCCAAGGCCCAAUGAUAUUUGUGAAUGAGAUGUGAUUUCCUGUACGAACAAACAAUAAACAGCAUGCAGACGUAAUUAUUAACUUAGCACUGAUGAUGUUCAUCAUGAUAUACAUAUUUACUUCCCCCCGAUAAACUUAUGUACACCUGUUGUACCUUGAAAUAAAAAAAAGUCAUUACUUAAU